UCCCCCUCCCACUUCCCGCGUAAUAAAUGCCCUCCCGUGCACAACAUGCACGUUAGUUGCCCCGAGUUACGUACUGAAGAAGUGACCCCUCCGUCCAACCCCUGAGGUCGGAAGAGCCCUCGGCGCAAACCACCCCUGCAGUAUGCAAGCCUGAACCCGAUUGCCACCAACUCUUUGCAAAUUAGCAGCUGCACGUACCCUGUCCAUGAGGUUGCGGUGUUUAACGUACUUCCUGCUGCCGAAGACGAUGCUGUUGGGGUGCUAAUUCAUCCUCAAAUCCAAAAUGAACUAUCCAGGUUCACAUGGUGGGCGACGGCGGUGUAAAAGUGAGGGUAUUGAUGCUGUAAGCGUCACUAAUGCUCACUAUGAACAAAGUUACUGUGCUGAAAUUCAACGUCCUUUAUCAAGGCUACGUCCACAAAUAGUGAAGGCCAGGGAUGUUUAUCAACUACAGGAGGGCGAAACCUCUUUACAUAAGGUUCGCUUUCCAUCACCAGGUAGAAAGCCUUUUCAAAGUGUAAAUGCCACAGACUUACAAUAUCUAAAUGGCAGCUUACCCCGAGACUGGAAUGCUCAAGCUUAUAAGACUGCUGGAAAACCUAGGCUUAAAGCCCAAUAUACGUCCAAAUGGUCACAUGAAAGUAAUUUUAUUGACAGUUGCACUAAUGGUCAUUUAGAAAAUGGAAACUUUUCCUCUGUCUCUCCAAAAAUUGGACAGGGUCAUAAGAAUGGAAAUGGAUUUUCUGGUUACCACCGCCUUGUUCAUCAAACUACUGAGGCGAAUCCUCAUCCAGAGGAAAGAUACCUACAAGAGAUAGAAACACUUCGUAGCAAAUUGCAUGGGUUAGAACAUCUUCGUGGGUUGUCUGACAACAAGCGUGCUCGGGAACGAAGUGACUCGGAGCUGAGUAGUGCUACCACCAGUCCUCCAGACCCUCGUCACAAUCAUCAUAGCAUAAAAAAAGAAGUCAAAAGAGCUAGAGACUUUGUUAAUUCUUCACCCAAGUCUCAACAAGUACCAUCUGAACUGUCAGAGAAUGGUAAAGACAGUAAAGCGGGUCUUCAGUUUGAUUCAAACAAAUCUCCUAACUCAAUAGAAAAAGAUGGUAAAGCAGAGAAGGAUGCAAAAGAAGUUGCUGCUCCAACCAAGUCGGAUGUUAAAACUAAAAAAAUUAGGGAAUACCCAGGACCACAUUCUCUAGAUGGCUUAAGACCCAGUUUAUUCCCUAAUGUGCCUCCUUAUAUCAGGUUUUCUCUGCAUGACCAGAAAGGACCAGCACUUCCACCGACCAUCCAACGGAAUCUUAAGUGGAACCUCAGCACAAUUACCCCCCUUGUUGUGAGACGCACUGUUCUCAACUCCGGCUUUCGACUUAUAAGAAAAUCAAAUGAAUGGACUGGUACAUGGGGGAAACAUAUGAAAUCUAUAAAUUUUAAAGUGCUGAAGGAAUACCAGAAAAUCAAUCAUUUUCCUGGUACAUUUCAAAUUGGCCGUAAAGACAGGCUGUGGAGAAAUCUUUUCAAGUUGAUGGCCAAAUUUGGAAAGAAAGAGUUUGGUUUCAUUCCCAGAACUUAUGUCUUACCUCAGGACAGUAAAAUGUUGCGGGCUGCAUGGGAGCGCAGUAAUGGCAAAGAAGCUUGGAUCAUAAAACCACCAGCAUCAGCUCGUGGGACGGGUAUUAAGGUGAUUCAUAGAUGGGGACAAAUCCCUAAGAAGCGACCCCUAGUAGUUCAGAAGUAUGUGGAUAGACCAUAUUUAAUCAAUGGCUGCAAAUUUGAUUUGCGUCUCUAUAUUUUAGUCACAAGUAUGCAUCCUUUAAGGAUAUAUCUCUAUGAUGAUGGCCUUGUGCGCUUUGCAUCUGUAAAAUACUCUGAGGAUCCAGCCUCUCUAGCAGAUCGCUACAUGCACUUGACCAACUACAGCAUCAACAAACUUAGCAGUCACUACACUCACAAUGAAGAUGAAUCUGCUUGCAAGGGUCAUAAAUGGACCAUUAAGUCUCUGUGGAAAUAUCUGGGAAAGUUCAACAUUGAUGUUGACUCCUUGUGGCAGCGCUUGGUUGAUCUAGCUGUUAAAACUGUGAUCAGUGGGGAAUCCAGCAUAAAUCAGUUGACUCGAGCUCAUGUUAACUCUCGCUACUGUUGCUAUGAAAUUUUUGGUUUGGAUGUUCUUCUUGACCAGGAUCUCAAACCAUGGCUUCUUGAGGUAAAUAUAUCUCCUUCCCUUCACUCUUCAUCUCCCUUAGACCUAGCUGUCAAAGGACCUAUGGUAAGAGACUUAAUGAACAUGGCUGGACACCAAAUCCCUUGCAAAUUAUCUCCAUCUCAGCAGGAAGAGCUUAGUCAGCAGUACAACAGGCCUGAUCUACCCUCACUGUGUUUAGACAAGAGGCUUUACACUGUUGUCCUUUCGGCUGAGGAGAGGAAUAAGCACAUUCUCCACCAGUCAGCUAAUUGCAGAGAAGAGUACCUCCCUACUAUUCUCAAUGAUCUUACUGCAGAUGAUGUAAGACACCUCAUUCAGUACGAGGAUGAACUUACUCAAUGUGGCAGAUUCCAAAAGAUAUUCCCAACCACAAGUUCUCAUACUUAUCAUCAAUUCUUUGAGGCACCUCGUUAUUACAACAUGCUGUUUGAUGCCUGGGAAACAAAGUAUCAUACCAACAGACGAGAUGGUAUUCAAAGACUGCAGGAGUUAUGUGAGCAGAAACUUCAUCUACAAAUCCCUGCACCCAGCACCAAAGCAAAGUGCUGUACGAACCCCCUGAAUAUGGAAGCCGGGAUGAGAGCCCCAGUGGAAGCGGGCAUCUCGAGUAGCAACUCAUCAGUUGAUACACUCACAAGGACUGCCAAGAAGCGUUUCAUGAGCUCGAAAGAGGGAAGCCCAACUCUUCCUCAGAGUCCACGAAACUCAAGUUUAUACCUAUGGAGCUCUGCACGUAUCAAGCUCUCAGCAGCGAGAUUACGCUCUCACAAAUUACUGACUCAAAAGAACCGUCCUUUGUCCUACCUGUCACGGUUGAGCUGCGGUGAUUCUAGCUCUAAGUCACACUCCUCCAUUUCAGAGCCUGUUCUUAAGGAAUCUCUUGUCUCUGUAGCUGCACCAGCUGCAGGCAGCUGACAGUAUCUGUCCAGUGCACCCGUCUCCUCUAGACGCUCUGCCUGUGCCACUGUGAUAAAUGCCCUUACAAGUCUAAAAAUACCAAAAAGUGCAUCAAAAACCCCAGAAAUGAUAGCUGAAAGUUCUCACUUAAAGUCUUCUUGUGUUGAAACAUCUGUCCACAUACCAUCAUAUGAUAAAAAAUCUGCUUAUAUUAGUUUAAAAUCGGACAUAAGGGACAGUAAGUUGAACCAUGAAGCAGGCAAAAAUUCUUUGUGCUCUUUUUCAAAUCCUCAAAGCUCCUCCAAUAAAAUGAAGGCUUAUGAUUACUCUGGUAAAGAAAAGCAAAGGGCUGUUAAGUGCAAAAGUGCGUCUGCUACUCCAAUAUUAUCUAGACAGUUAUCUACCUCUAGGAAUGAUUGUCUGGGUCUGAUCAGUCCAUGUAAAACAAAAAGAGGAAAAGAGCUCCUUGAAAUUUUCCCUUCCCCAGAAAAUAGUUCUCGAUGGUGGGAAGUUCUUUUACCUCUGAAAAGAGAAUCGACAACAGAAGGAAUAGGAAGUAGCAAGCAGCAUGUACAAACAAACAAAAAUAGAUUAAGAAGUCUAGAACUUCAAUCUAAUGAAAAGAGAAAUUCUAAAGAAAAUGCGCAGCUUUGUUUAAACAAAACUUCAUCAAGGUCUGAUAGUAAGAAAAUGAAGGAUGAAACAAACAUAAAAACCAUGAACAAGAAUGUGAAAUCUAGUGUAUUUUGUUAGCUGUGUUGUAGUUUAAAAUGAAUCAUCUGCAAGCUCCUGUUUCUAUAGACAUAUGUUUACUGGAGAGGUUUAAGAAACAUGACUCAAAAAGGAGUCAGUAAGCUCUUCCUGUCUUGAUUUUAAGUGUUAAGCCCAUGUUUAAAACCUUUUGAAGGUCAUUCCGCUGAAAGAAUUGCAAUGUCACUUAACUGAAAGCUCUCAAAAAUUUUACCCACCAAUAUUUUAUGAAUUAAUCCUCAAAACAUUUUAAAAUUAGUUGAAAGCAUCAUAAAUUUUUUUUACAACUUCAACAAGAUAUUUUUUUUUUUGUAAUUUAUCAACAAUAUUUUAGCUGCUUAUUAACAACUUUAGUUCUUAUUUCAUAAAAACAUACCCUAGCCUUCUCAGCAGUGAAGAAAAAAAAUAUCCUUGUGAUUCCUCUUUCAAUGUACAGGUAAUAUGAACUAUACCCUUUUAAUGUUUGAUUUUCCUCCGAGGCAGCAAACUGUAUCAAAGGAGGUCAUAUCCUGAGCAUUCAUGGUGCAUUUUUUAACCACAAAAACACAUUGUAUUUGCACAACAUGCACUGGUCAGCUAUCUGGACUUAUUCUCAAUAUUCAUGACCUCAUUAAUUGUGCACGAAACAAAAUUUCUUGUAAUUCUUUCAUUUUUUCAUCUGAUAAUUCUUAAUCAAAGUUAGAAUCAACAUGUUUGUUUUAUCUGCUCCUUCUGUUGCCAAAACUAACUAAACAUGGGAGGAAAAAAGAAUAGUUCUUAGUGGACUUUUAUCCCUGAACUUCUCAAGCAGCCGUUCCAAUUUGAUUUUUAUGGGACCAACUAAUGGUAUGUAAUCUAAAAUCAGUGAUUCCGUUGAUUUCUUGGUGUAAAACCAAAGCCAGCAUAUGCUUAUAUUUGGAUUUCUUUACACUCAAUGUUUUCCCGUAUCCCUUAAAAUUUGAAGUAAAUGUUAAUGAUGGCUUUCCCUUUCUUACUGUGAUUGCCAAUUAUUUUUAUUCGUAUGAAAGCUAUUGUGUUUGCUGUUGUGCACACCUCAAAAGUGGGUGUGCCUAAGUGCUCUGAUGCUGGCCUAAUUUGACUUGAUCAUGUUAUAUUUUCAUUGUCAUUAGAUCAUAUCUUUUUUAUAAUCAUUGCUGAUUUUUGAUGGUUUGGAUUGAUUGAAGAGACUUCAUCAAUAUCUCAGUGGAAACUCCUGUCUUUUUGGGGGGUCAUUUCCUGUAAUCCUAAAUCUAUAAAGGAUUAUUUCACUGGUAAAGCUUUGUAGGACUUGGCUCUUCACAUUCUCAUGGAAAUAGCUUAAAUAUGUGAAUGAGCACCAUUGGUUGAAAACCCUGAAAAAGAGUAUUGUUGUUUUUCCUCAUUGAACUUAAUCCUAACUAGAUUAGCCUUUCCCCCCUCUUUUAAUCAGUUGUUGAUUCUGAACAAAGCUGUGUAAGUACCAUUUCUACCCUCUAGUGCUGAGGAAUUAUUGGCUGAUUAUCUAAUCUAAAAGGCUGUACUUGCCAUGUGGACAUUUUGUCUAAUGCAUAGUCAUUUUUUUAUUUUUUUUUUUUUUGAAAAAAUCAAGUGUGAUUUUCAGUGCUAAGAUUAAAUGCUCUCCAUAACUGUUGUAUUAGUCUGUCUUGAUAAAGUAAAUUUGUCAGUUUUUGUAUUGGCUUAAGUCAUAUACAUAUAGUUGAUUGAAUCAAGUACUGACUGCAAUAGGUGCUGACAUGAACAUAAAAAUUUUUACUGCAUUCAUUCUUUUGCAAAACUUUCUUUUGUCAGCAUUGAGACUGAGCUCAGUAAGUUAAACUGUGAUGUUGGGAGAUUUCAAGCCUAGACAACUAGUUGUGUGCAUCAUAAUUGCCUUAGUUUUGAUAGUUUUCUUUGGAUGAAUGCUUUCCCUGUUGUGAUAUCAAAACCUGUGUCAACUGAUAUGUAAUUUUGCAAGUUGACAUUUAAGUUUUUUAUAUUCUUGUUCAUCUGCUACCAACAGGAUUGAGAAAACUAGUGUGUAGUAAAUUUGUUAAAUUUUGUAGAAUGCAUGGAACAUUUUUAAAUCCUUAACAUUUUAAGAUGUGUGACCUGCUGUACCGGUAUGUUGUGUGGCAAAGUUUUCCCAUUUUCUUCAUGUGCAGUUUUAGUUCAUAACUGCAGUGAUAACAUUAUCUUUGCUCAUGUAGGUAUGUAUUCAAUUUAUGUCAACUUGUCUGACACUUUAUUCUUCGAUCCAACAGAUAUAUAUUGAUGUACUUGCUGUGAUCUCUACGGUUUUCAGACUAUAUACAUAUUGUCAGGUACACAGAAGGAUUAAGAACAUUUCAAGCAAACCCAUUACAACUUGUACUUAUUUAUUUGCAUAUUGUAUCUUGGUUAAAGUUCUUAGACAAGGAAUUUGAGUUGUCCUGGUUCUGGUUGUUACCUUCCUCUGUAUUCCAUAUAUAUACAUGUUCUUGAAAGUUCCAAAAUUAAGUUUUGGUGUCCAAUAACUGUUGUGCCAAGACUCCUUACUCAUUUCAAGAUUUAGAAUGCCAAAUUGUAUGUGUUCCCAGUGAUUGUCCUCAUUGUUUAUCCACACUGUGUUCUAUAGCAAAUAAAGCUGAUUUUAGUGAAAAUAA